CCCACGGAUCCUCGGUGUCACCGCCUGCCCCACGGUCACGGAGCCAUGCUGAUCCUGAGGUCCCCAGCCCAGCUGCAGCUCCUGGAGGAGACCCUGCGGAAGAACCUGCCCGCCACCCUGCCGGUCCUGGGGACGGUGAUGACGGUGGCUAGGGGGAACCCGUUCUCCCACGAGGUGCUGGUGGACUCCUGGCCCCAUUUCGGCAUUGUCCUGACCCGCCUGCGCCCAGAGGACCACAGGGACCCCAGGGACUAUUACAUCAACCAGCUGUCUGUGUUCUACCGGGACAAGGGAGCCCUGCAGAUGCUGCUGGAGGGCACUGAGGCAGUGACCCGGGAAAGGGCAUUCCAGAUUAUGGGGAUGCAGGACGGGCUGGACGAGGCCGUGCAGGAGGUGGCCAGCGCCAGGGGGCUGAAGGUGGAGACGAUCCGGUACCGGGCAAUGAUAAGCCCCGAGCCCCCUCAGCCCCGCAGGCAGAUGCCCCCGGACCUGCGCCUGGCGCCCGUGUCCCCAUCCCACGUCCCGCUGCUCAACGCCGUGUGGGCCCUGGGUGGCAACGCCCGCAGCCAGGCCUUCCUGCUGGGGCUGGUGCGGACGCUGCCCUCCGCCUGCCUGCUGGACCGCCGCGGCCGCCCGGUGUCCUGGAGCCUGCUGGACGGGCAGGGCUGCCUGCGCCACGGCUACACGGUGCCCGCCUGGCGCGGGCACGGCCUCACCGGGCUCACGCUGGCCGAGCUGGGCCGGCGGCUGCACGCCGGCGGCUUCCCCAUCUACGGCGCCGUACUGCCCCACAACACGGCCUCGCUGCACGCCCUGCAAGCCGUCGGCUUCGUGCCCCAGCCCGGGACCUUCUACAUGAUCCUGGGCACCCCAAAGUAGCGCCCAGGGUGAGGGCGCCGAGGGGAGGGAGCGCCUGGGCACGAGAGGGCCUGGAUCGCCACCCUGUGAGAAACGGGAACGCCCCAGCUCCCACUCUGAGCUCGCUGACACUCCGGUCCCUACUGAUGGCACUGACGGGAACAUCCCAAAUUCCGCGCUGAGCCCUUCUCUCCCGUCCCCACCGGGGUGUGGCGCGGGCCGGGCGGGGGGGCUGGAGAAAGGCUUUUAUUCGUUCAUACAAGAAUAGAUCUUCUGCAAUAAAUACCCCAAUAAAUAAACAUCUCCAAUAAAUAA